AUGGUAAACUGGCAGAGGAGGAAAAGUCUCGAAAGACUCAUCAGCCUUUGCCACGCACCGCAGGCUUCAGCUGGUGUCCAGCACAACAAUAAGCCGGUCCGGGCAGUGACCAGCCUUGCUCUUACUGCCUCUGCGUUUCUGUUGAUUGGCGGAGUGGCGCUUCUUAUCCACUAUUUUGGAUUUCACAAAACACUUCUACCGAAAAAAAUUUUUCACGCUUUCGGUGAAUCCCUGGAAGCUAUAGCAAUAUUUGUCUUUCUCUAUACAAAUCUCAUCUGGAUCAUCUGCAUGGCUGCUUUUGUAAGCACCACAAUGUAUGCCAGUAGUGAAUUCGCAUAUUUGAAUAAGAAACUCAAGCAGAUGGAAGAAGCCACGCACAAUCAAAUAUACGGGAAAUUGCUCGGCUUCUUUGAUACACAUCGCGAACUGGCACGCUCCGUUCGCCUCAUCAAUCACACGUUCAGCGUAAGUUCCACCUUUUUCCCAUUUCCACGUGACUGUCCAGCAUGGGCACACACCAUUUUGAUGACCACUGCCCGGCCAUGUUUGAUGACCACUGACUUACUAGCGAUGGCCAGCCAGUUUUCGGAUUUGCAGUUUUUUCUCUUCUUAGUUGUCGGUGAACCCGAAGUGCGAUAUGCGCUUCAGAUUAGGCGCUUUGGCCAACUGACUAGCAUUUUCGGCCAUUAUUACGCAUUUUAA